CUGGUUUAGCUGGAAUUCCGCCAAUUCCCCCCGCCCCGCAGGAGAAGGGGGCGCCAAGCUGCCCUUUGACCCCAGGUUCGGGCCCCCACAUCUGCGGCGCGCCCCCUCUGCGUCCAGCCCCCAGCCGAGAGGGCGCUCUGGGGAGACCCUGGGGCCGGCGCGCCGGGAGGCCGAGCGGCGGCGGGGGCGGGCGUGGCAGGGGGGGCAAGGCGUGGGGGAGACGGUGCGCGCCCCCCACCCGCAUCCUCGGCGCAGAGUGCGGAGCCCAGCGCGCCCGAGAGGCGCGGGGGCGGCGGCGGUCCAAGGGUCCCCGCGGCGCCCGGCGAGCGCGGCGGCCCGGCCCGCGGGCGGCGAGUUCCCGGUAAGUGCGGUCCCGAGAGCGGAGCGCGCCGGGGAGGCGUGGAGAGGGGGGCUGGGCGCCGGGGACGUCUGGGUCCCGCGCCCAAUGGCUGGAGGGCGGCCGAGCGCCGCCUGCCCGCCCCCUCUCCCCUCCCCCCGGCGUUCCCCUCCCCCUCCCCCGCCCGCCGCUUUCCCCCGCCCCCGCCCCGGCGCCAACUCCGCGGCGCCUCCUUAAAAAGCGCGCGGGAGUUGUAAGGGGGGGCCGGAGCGAGCCGGAGUGAGCGAGAGCGCAGGAAACAGCAGCGCCGCCGCCGCUCCACCGAGGCGCUGCGCCCCCCCGGGGGGGGGAGGCGGAGGAGGCGGGCAGCGGCGGAGGGAGGGGAGCCGGGGAGGGGGGCGCCGCGCUGGGAGGGAGGCAGCGCGCACGGUGCAGCCGGGCCGGGCGGGAGGCAUGGCGGGGCCCCCGGCCCUACCCCCGCCGGAGACGGCGGCGGCCGCCACCACGGCGGCCGCUGCCUCGUCGUCCGCUGCUUCCCCCCACUACCAAGAGUGGAUCCUGGACACCAUCGACUCGCUGCGCUCGCGCAAGGCGCGGCCGGACCUGGAGCGCAUCUGCCGGAUGGUGCGGCGGCGGCACGGCCCGGAGCCGGAGCGCACGCGCGCCGAGCUCGAGAAACUGAUCCAGCAGCGCGCCGUGCUCCGGGUCAGCUACAAGGGGAGCAUCUCGUACCGCAACGCGGCGCGCGUCCAGCCGCCCCGGCGCGGAGCCACCCCGCCGGCCCCGCCGCGCGCCCCCCGCGGGGGCCCCGCCGCCGCCGCCGCCGCUGAGGAGGCGGCGGCGCGGGGCCGCCCGGAGCGCACUCGGCUCGGAGCGCUCGCGCUGCCCCGCGGGGACAGGCCCGGACGGGCGCCGCCGGCCGCCAGCGCCCGCGCGUCGCGGAGCAAGAGAGGUGGGGAAGAGCGAGUGCUUGAGAAGGAAGAGGAGGAAGAAGAUGAUGAAGAUGAAGAUGAUGAGGACGAUGUGUCUGAGGGCUCUGAGGUGCCCGAGGGUGACCGUCCCGCAGGUGCCCAGCACCACCAGCUUAAUGGCGAGCGGGGCCCUCAGAGCGCCAAGGAGAGGGUCAAGGAGUGGACACCCUGCGGACCCCACCAGGGCCAGGAUGAAGGCAGGGGGCCGGCACCAGGCAGUGGCACCCGCCAGGUGUUCUCCAUGGCAGCCAUGAAUAAGGAAGGAGGAUCAGCCUCUGCUGCCACUGGGCCAGACUCCCCAUCUCCUGUGCCUUUGCCCCCAGGAAAACCAGCCCUACCUGGGGCUGAUGGGACCCCCUUUGGCUGUCCUUCUGGGCGCAAGGAGAAGCCGGCUGACCCCGUGGAGUGGACAGUGAUGGACGUGGUAGAGUACUUCACCGAGGCCGGCUUCCCAGAGCAGGCAACAGCCUUCCAAGAGCAGGAAAUCGAUGGCAAGUCCUUGCUGCUCAUGCAGCGCACAGACGUGCUGACGGGCCUGUCUAUCCGCCUCGGGCCGGCCCUGAAGAUCUACGAGCACCACAUCAAGGUGCUGCAGCAAGGCCACUUUGAGGAUGACGACCCCGAUGGCUUUCUAGGCUGAGGGCCCAGCCUGGCCCCCGCCCCGACCCAUUCCAGCCCCCCUUUUCACUGCAGACCCCAAGUCUAGGAGCUGGACGGGGACACCUUCGGCCCUCGUAACAGAUUCCAGUGAGGGGGCAUUCCUCCCUACACAUCUCGUCCCUGUGUCUCCCCGAACACACACAUCAGGCCCCCAGCACAUCCCGCACUCCAGGAUAGGGGAGUGUGGGGUGGGACAGGGCCUGCGCAUUUUACCCCAGGAGGCCAACCCUCUCCCCAGCCUAGGACAUUUUUGGAAAAAAAAAAAAGGGGGGGGGGGUGCUUCCCAUCUUCCUAGAUCCUCCUCAGUUCAGCCAGAUGUUUCCUAUAUAAAUGUUUUUUUCUGCCUGUUUAUUUUGGUGAGGGUCUUUCCUCCCUCCCCCACCACCCAUACCCCUCCCCAGUCUGCCCCUGGCCUCCAGCCCCCUGGGAGUGGCUGGGGUGGGGUCCCUGGCCCUAACCUACCCUUUCUCUUUCUUUCUGUUGGUUGUCGCUCCAGCUGGCUGUAUUGCUUUUUAAUAUUGCACCAAAAGUUUUUUAAAUAAAGUUUUAA